CGUAGGAUUAGAGGCAAUUUAAAGUGAUCUUUUAUCUAUCUGAUUGAAUGUCUAAAGUCAGCAGUUCCAAGUGUACUGGAAUGUAUUUCCCGACAGAGCUAUUAGCAUAUUGUGAAAACCCAGUGAGGCGACUCCCAACAAGACAGUGAUCUAAGUGAACGAGGGGGACAGACAAAAGUACCAUAGUCUGACCGAGCCUUACCCCUACACAGGGACUGAACCACACCUGACCGCACCUCUACACCGAAUACCUGGACACCCCCGACUACAGGACAGCCUGGAUUACAUGUGUUGUGUUUGUCAGUCAGUGUUCUGCCAAAGCGUUACCAGUCUUAGUUAAUGUUUGUAGUGGAGUUUAUAGGAGAUUAACAGGGCCGGUCAGUUCUUUGUGAGCCUGCAGACUGUCCACCACAGACAGUGCUGAACUCUAGACAUAUUGUUGACAUUGGACUUUACAACGAGGACAUGCACAAUCCUGCACUAUAGACUUCAACAUUACUCCAUUCUGAUGUCCCACUAUUGAAGGAUUAUAAAAGUAUUCCUACUUAGAGUAACAGUAUCAUGGAGACGUCGGAGCAGACUGAGUUGGUGAUCCCACGCCAGUUCCUGUGCUGCAAGCUGUGUGAUGAUGACCUUAAGAAACCAAAGUACUUGCCAUGUCUUCACACCUUCUGUCUCAAAUGUAUGGAAGAGCACAUACAGGCCAACACUGACAGUGAGGGUUAUUUCCCCUGUCCAACCUGUGCCACAGAAACCACACUCUCCUCAGAGAGUGUUGACAAUCUACCGAGCAACAUUUUAGCAAUGCGCCUGUUGAAUCCUGUGACUGAACAGACGACAUGUGAGACGCUGUGUACUACCUGUAAAAACAGUGGAAACUUUGUGGAUGCCGAGUCUCACUGUUUGACAUGUGACAACUUCCUGUGUAAAUCAUGUUCCGACUCUCAUGAUUCACAGGACGAAACCUCAGCACACAAGACACAAUCUAUGGACGAUUACAACAGGAGAACACCCUCCAAUCCUAAACAAGGGGAGAUAAUUCCAACAUGUUGUAGUGGCUACGACCCAAUAGACAUUGGGGCCCUGUUCUGUGUCGACUGUGACAUGUCAAUCUGUGCUGACUGUCACAUAGCCAGUCAUGGAGAACACAGGUGCACAGAACUUAUGGCUGUAGCUGGCAACUUUGAACAGAAAAUUCAGGAGCCUCUUUCUGAACUAGACAAUGAUCAUGAGGUCUUGAGGGGGACACUGAGAAAUUUGGACAAAACCCAGGCGACAGCUGAGAAGCUGCAAAAGAGCCUAAAGGACAAUGUCAAGAGGAGGACCCAGGUUCUGUGCGACUUAAUACAAAACUACGAACGUCUGCUCCUCGAAGAGAUCGGAAAAAGGCAUCAGCAGCAGAUGCAGGAAAUAAAGAAUCAGAGGUAUGAUAUAAAAACUCACUUGUCGGCCAUUAAAGGUGUGAGGGACUUCACUGAAACUCUCAAGAAUUAUGGAACAUACGAAGAAAAAGUUUUCAUGAGAAAGAAAGUUGGAUUUCGUAUCCGUGAACUUUGUGAGGAACCAUUACUACCUGAAACUAAGGAGAUCCAAGAUUUAAAGCUGACAGAGCCUCACGCUACUGUUGAAACUAUCUGUGAUAUGUUUGGGGAGCUCAAGGAAGUUGGUGCCCCAGAAACAAAAACACCUGGUUUUGAAGACUCUCUGUCUGCAAGUUACAACUUAUCACAUGCCGUAGACUCUGGCCACGGAAGUGACAAUGACCCAGAGCUGGUGGAAAUAAUGAACUCCGCCAUCGCCAGUGGUAUGCUGAGUCAGUCACAGAGCGAGUCGGACACCGACAUGCUUGGGGUCAGUAAUACCUCAGAAAACAUGCGCAAUGUUAAAUUUAGUGAACAGGUCACUGAAUCAGAGUACGAAACUGACUUAGGGUACAACCUUGAAAACCCCAAACGUGAAUUUGCCCUUCCCCCUGGAAUACAGCGGGAAUGUUUCAAGGGUAUGGGGGUCAACAACAAUGGGGACAUAAUCAUCGGGACGACUUGUAAGGACCGCCAAAGUAUCUACGUGCUGGAAAAACAUGGCAUCCUUCGAGGACAAGUACCUGUGGAGAAUGGAUGGAAUAUCCACUCGGUGUCUAGUGAUGGCAAGGUGGCCCUCACUGUGCCAAGGGGAGACAAUCGUUUCAAAGUCAGGGUGCUCACAAAUGAUGGUUCUGGUCAUGCCUUAAAUGAUUCUCACGUUGAAAGCUUUGGAUUAAAUUUUGUGACAGCUGAUAAGAAUGGCAGAUUAAUGAUAACAUCCAACCGCUACGCACAGAUUCGCAAGAGUCACGGAAAAUCUGCAAAGUCGGGUGGAAAUGUUGCAGUGUUUGAACAAGACGGCCACCUGUUGACCCGGAUCACAAAUGAUGACUUUCAGGAGGCAGGUAUGUACCUACUGGAGAAGCCACAGUGUAUCGUGUGUGAUGAUAAACGCAGCAAGUUUUACCUGGCCGACUCAGGUAGCCACUCCGUCAUCAGCUUUGACCAGGACGGACAGCUGGUGUUUCAAUAUGGGAACACUGACACUGAGGAAGAAGUGUACCAGGGGCCCGACAUGGUUGCCUUCGACAAGUAUGGCAACGUCAUUGUCACCGACAAACGUGAAGGUCGCAUUGAUAUUCUCAGCUCAAAAGGAGAUCUGAAAAAGUCAUACUUCAUGGAUGAUAUUCCUCGAUUUGUUGGAGCAACCCCAGACAAACUUCUUAUGACAGCCAUGACAGACGGCAGUGUGAAGUUCUAUGAAUAUCUCUGACUUGUUAAGUCUCCUACU